AUGAAGUCAGAUUUCAAGUUCUCGAAUCUUUUAGGAACUGUGUACAAGCGAGGUAACUUGGUCUAUACAGAAGAUGGAACCAAACUUCUUUCUCCUGUUGGGAAUAGAGUUUCCUGCUUUGACCUCAUCAAAUCACAAUCCUUUACUUUUAACUACCAGCACAGAAAGAACAUCCAAUGUCUUGCGUUGAACAGACAAAACACAUUACUUAUCUCAAUAGACGAAGACGGACGGGCAAUUCUUGUCAACUUUGUCUCGCGUGUUGUUUUGCAUCAUUUCAAUUUUAAAUCAAAAGUCCACAAUAUCAGCUUCAGUCCAUGCGGCAAAUACUUUGCAGUUGCUGUUGGUCGAUUCAUUCAAGUCUGGAAAACUCCAGACUUUACAGAGGAUAGACAGUUUGCACCUUUUGUGAGGCAUCGAAUAUACCUGGGCCAUUUCGAUGAUGUGUUGAGCAUCUCGUGGUCAGAGGAUUCUAAAUACUUUAUAAGCACAAGUAAGGAUAUGACUGCUAGAAUCUACUCAUUGCAGUCAAGUGAUCGUGAUGUUGCUCGUACUUUCUCAGGUCAUAGGGAUUAUGUUGUUAAUGCCUUUUUUAGCAAGGACAACGAUAUCAUAUUUACAGUGAGUAAAGAUGGUGCUUUAUUCAAAUGGGAAUAUACCGAGUCUCCUGAAGCAGCUAGCGAUGAAGAGGAUGAAGAAGAAGAAGAAGUAGAAGAUAAACGUGAGUGGCGAAUUACGGAAAAGAAUUUUUUUUAUGGUGAUGGAAAACUUCACUGUGCUACAUUCCACCCAUUGUCUAGCUUGCUAGUUGUUGGCUUUUCCAAUGGUGAAUUUAGAAUCUAUGAAAUCAGCGAUGGGUUUAAUCUUAUUCAACUGUUGAGUAUGGGUCAAAACACAAUCAAUACUGUUAGUAUAAACAAGACUGGAGAAUGGCUAGCCUUUGGUUCAUCGAAACUUGGCCAACUCUUGGUUUAUGAAUGGCAAUCCGAGUCAUAUAUCCUCAAACAGCAGGGCCACUUUGACGCGAUGAACACGUUGUGCUACUCGCCAGAUGGAUCCAGGGUAGUUACAGGAUCUGAUGAUGGUAAGAUCAAGAUCUGGGAUGUUGCGUCUGGUUUCUGUCUUAUGACAUUUACUGAGCAUACCUCAGCAGUAACUCAGGUGCAAUUUGCCAAGAAGGGCCAUGUCUUGUUUUCAUCUUCAUUAGAUGGUACAAUUCGAGCAUACGAUUUAAUUAGGUUUAGAAAUUUCAAGACAUUCACUGCUACAUCAAGGGUACAAUUCAAUUGUCUCGCAGUUGAUCCUAGUGGUGAAGUUGUAGUUGGUGGUUCGCAGGAUACUUUUGAAAUUUAUGUGUGGUCAGUGCAAACCGGUCAGUUGUUGGACUCAUUAACUGGUCACGAGGGACCUAUUUCUUGCCUUGCUUUUGGUCAAGAGAAUUCUACCUUGGCGUCUGCAUCUUGGGAUAAAACGGUUAGAAUUUGGAAUAUUUUUUCUAGAAACCAAACGGUUGAGCCAAUUGAAAUCUCGAGCGAUGUUCUUAGUCUCACCAUGCGUCCUGAUUGUAAAGAACUUGCAGUAUCGACGUUGGAUGGUCAUAUUACUAUUUUCGACAUUGAGGAUGCUAAGCAGUUGCAUCUCAUUGAUGGUCGUAAAGAUAUCAUUAGUGGUAGGUAUCUCGAUGAUAAAUUUGUUAGUAAGAACUCGAAUCGUGGUAAAUACUUUGAUACUAUUGUUUAUUCGUUUGAUGGGUUAACAUUAUUAGCAGCUGGAAACAAUAACUCAAUCUGCAUGUAUGAUAUUGAUAAUGAAGUGUUGCUAAAGAGGUUUAUUGUUUCGCAAAACAUGUCGAUUGAUGGAACGUUGCAAAAAUUGAAUAGUAGCAAGAUUACUGAUGCUGGGAUUAAUGCCGACCUUAUCGAUAGAAAUGGAGAGAAUAGUGAUUUAGAGGAUAGGAUGGACAAUACGCUUCCUGGAUCACAGCGUGGUGGAGAUCCAAGUGAGCGUCGAACAAGACAAGCUGUUAGAGUUACUUCGGUGCAAUUUUCUCCUACAACUUCUGCUUUUGCAGCAGCAACUACAGAAGGGCUUUUAAUUUACUCUGUGAAUCAAGAACUUGUGUUUGAUCCAUUUGAUUUGGAUGUUGAUAUUACCCCCGAGGCUACUAUUGAGUCUUUAAAAGAGAAAGAGUAUCUUGUUGCCUUAAUUAUGUCGUUGCGUCUUAAUGAAGUAUACCUUAUGCAUAGGGUUAUUGAGAAUAUUCCAUUGCAAGACAUAAAAUUAGUUUGUCAGGAUAUUCCAAUAAUCUAUGUCAAUCGUGUGCUCAAUUUUAUUGGCGAGUUGCUCAAUAAGCAUGAAUCUCCACAUAUGGAAUUUUAUUUGAUCUGGAUCAGGAAUUUGCUUAUCCAACAUGGUACUUAUAUGCAUAUGCACAAGUUUGAGUUCCGUGCAUCCUUGAAGCUCUUGUCAAGGUUUUUGAAUAAGGUGGCCAAGGAUGUGGUGAAUGUUGGUAAAAAGAAUGAUUACUUGUUGACUUUCUUGACUGUUAGUAAAGACUUGAAAGGAGCUGGGUUUGGUGAAGAGGGCGGCGAGAGCAAUGGUGCUAAUGCCAAUGAUGUGCUCGUUAGAAUAAGUGACGAUGACGAUGACGACGAAGAUGCUAUUGUAGAGGAUGGAGAUAGCGAUGGAGAAUGGUUUGGUCCUGGUAAUGUUGAUCUCAAACAGACUGCCCAGCCAUUGACAUUUGCCAAUACAAACUCCGAAGAAGAAGAAGAUGACGAUGAUGAUGAUGAGUUAAUAGAGGUAUAG